CAAACCUCAAAUGACGACACGAUCUAAUCAAACUACGUUCGUCUCCUCUGUUCUCCUCUUCCUUCUCCUUCUUCACGUCUCUGCAACCUCCGCUUCUCUCUAUGACGACUUCGUUCGAUGCCUAAACACCCACCCAAACUCCUCAGCCUCCCAAAUAGUCAUCCCCCAAAACAACCCUUCUUUCACUUCAACUCUCAGAGCCUACAUCCGUAAUGCUCGCUUCAACACCACCUCGACUCCAAAGCCAGUUCUCAUCCUCACGCCGAAGACCGAGUCCCACGUCCAGGCCUCCGUCCUCUGCGCCAAGAAACUCAACGUCCAGCUCAAAACCCGAAGCGGCGGACACGACUACGAGGGUAUCUCGUACGUCUCGACCGAACCAACUUUCGUAGUCCUGGACUUGUUUAACUUCCGGUCGAUCGACGUGAACGCCGAGGCCGGCUACGCGUGGGCCCAGGCAGGCGCGACUCUCGGGGAGUUGUACUACAGAAUCGCCGAGAAGAGUAAAACGCUAGGGUUUCCCGCUGGGAUUUGUCCCACGGUCGGCGUCGGUGGACACGUCAGCGCCGGCGGUUAUGGGAACUUGUUGAGGAAGUAUGGCCUCUCCGUCGAUAAUGUAUUGGAUGCAUUGAUUGUUGAUGUGAACGGGAAGCUUCUGGAUAGGAAAGCAAUGGGGGAGGAUUUGUUUUGGGCUAUCAGAGGCGGCGGCGGAGGAAGCUUUGGGGUUAUCUUGGCAUAUAAACUGAAGUUGGUUCCCGUGCCGGAAAAGGUAACGGUUUUCCGGGUGAUGAGUUACACGGAGAGUAAUGCAACCGACGUCGUUUUGAAGUGGCAGGAUGUGGCGCCGAGUACGGUGGAUGAUUUGUGGAUGAGGAUGUUGGUGCAGCCGGUGAGUUCUCCGACCAAGAAGGGAACCAACACUGUUAGGAUUUCAGUUCUGGGCCAGUAUCUAGGCAAUUCUAAUCAGUUGGUUUCAGUUUUGGGUAAGCAGUUUCCUGAACUGGGUUUGAAGAAGGAGGACUGUUUGGAGAUGAGUUGGAUUGAAUCCGUGGUUUGGUGGAACGAUGGUUCGACUCCUAAUGUCACCAAACCGGAGGUUUUGCUUGAUCGAAACCCCGACCAGGCUAAGUUCGGGAAGAGGAAGUCGGAUUACGUGCAGACCCCGAUUUCAAGAGAAGGGUUGGAGUCAUUGUGGAAGAAGUUGAUUGAAUUAGGGAAGACUGGUUUGGUGUUCAAUGCAUAUGGUGGGAAAAUGGCCCGAGUUUCGGCCUCCGACGCGCCUUUUCCUCAUCGGGCUGGGAAUUUGUUUAAGAUUCAGUACUCGGUGAGUUGGGAAGAUGGAGGAGAGGAAGCAACUAAAGAGUAUUUGAAUCAAACUAGGGUGCUUUACAGUUUUAUGACCCCAUUUGUGUCCAAGAAUCCAAGGAGUGCUUUCUUGGCUUAUAGGGACCUCGACAUUGGUGUGAACAAUUUUGGGAAGGAUAGCUACGAACAGGGGAAGGUGUAUGGAUUGAAGUACUUCAACGACAAUUUCAAUAGGUUGGUGAAGGUGAAGACUGCAGUUGAUCCAGAAAAUUUCUUCCGGAAUGAGCAGAGUAUUCCACCUCUUCCAAGGAAGGAAGAGCCUGUUGAUUUGGGUGACCUUCAGUGCCCGAAGAAAGGUUCUAUUGCUCCUCGAUACUACUUGGUCGGACGCCUCAACACUGCUAGGGCAGUGGCUUUUGAUGCGUUUCGAAGUGUUGUUCGCAAUAUGUGGCCUCUCCCUUAUCCAGUUGAAGUUCAAGCAAGAGGUGAUCGCUACAUGUUUACAUUCGCUAGCGAAUGUGAUGUCAAUCGAGUCAAGAAGGGCGGUUCUUGGGCUUACCAGCACUCAAUGAUCAUCAUCAAUGACUAUGAUAGAUUCUCUGAUAUUAGGCAAGUCCCUUUGAAUUUCCUUUGGUUAUUGGUGGAAAUCCUUGUACUUACGGCUGCACUGACAAUGGCGGCUACGACAAGAGUCAACAUGCCUUCCACACUAUUCGCUCUAGCUUCUGUGUCGCUUUCUUCCCUCUUCCCUAAAGAGAAGAGAGUUGUAACCAUCACAGAGGUGCCUGUUUUUCCCUCUCCUACAAUGAUUAUAGGAAUUCGGCAAGAACGUGAAAAAGAAAUGUCUCCAAAUGGUAAGCGUGCUCGACAUGCUCUGGCAAUGGUUCCAUUGUCUUUGAACCCUAAUGAACUUGGCUUUUAUGUUAACCCUAAUGGUGAUCUGAGUAUUGCUAAGACUAGAAAGUCUCCCAAGAAGAGAGGAAGAUCGAGAGGUAGCAAGAACAAGAAGAGAGUUAUAGAAGGAGCAUCUGAGUCUCCAGAUUCCAUGGCUUCGAGUGUAUCACAGGUUGCAGGUGUUGAAGACCCAGGCCUCAACUUAGAGGCUGAGGCAUAG